AUGGUUGUAGCAUGCUACCUGAUAGUAUUUUAUAGGUUUCCCAAUAUAAAGUGCAUAAACCACAAAUUCUUUCUUAAAGGACAUACCCAUAUGGAAGUUGACCAUGUUCAUUCUAUGAUUGAGAGAAAAAAGGAGCGCCUGACUUCUAUGGACAUUGUGAUACCUCAUGACUGGGCCCAGUUCAUAAAAACUUGUGCUGGUCGUAAUCCAUUUAAUGUAAAUAAAAUGGAAAUAAGCAGCUUUAAAGACUUUACACAUCUUUAUAAACGAUCAGGGCCAUUUUUACAACGGAAAAAAUAUAUAAAAGAAAAUGAUUUUAAGAUAUCGGAAAGUGUUUGGUGGCAGUUCCGCAGAGAAAGACUAGGUUCCCUAUUUUAUAAAAAUCAAUUUAAUGAUGAUGAGUUUGAGGAAAUUAUACUCAAAAGAAACUUAAAAAAGAGCAAUGUGCCCAUACCGACGGAGUUACCAAACGUUCGCCAGAUAGAAAAACCUAUUUCAUCAGGAAAAUACAGAGAUCUGCAAAUAUUAACUACUUGGAUACCUGAACAGUUCCAUGACUGUUAUAAAAACUUACCAUACCAAGAUGAAGCAUGUGAUUUCCCAGAGAAUAUAGAGGAAAGCUCAGAGAUUGUUUAG